AUGGUGCGCCACGAGGCGGCGGAGGCGCUGGGCGCCAUCGCCGACCCCACGACGCUGCGCACGCUUGAGGUGUACGCGAAACACGAGGAGCCGAUUGUGCGUGACAGCUGUGUGGUGGCGCUGGAGAUGCACAAGUACUGGUCGCAGUUCAGCAAGCACGCCGACGGCGAGGCGGCGGAGGAGGUGAAGGCAGCUGCCUGA